AUGGCGGAGGAUGAGGAGCGGAGAGUGCACCGGAUACAGCCCAAGCACUUGAAGGCAGCCGUACAUUACACGGUGGGGGGUCUCUGUCAGGAGGUGGCAGAAGAUAAGGAAGUUCAGUUCAGCAAACAAGCCAUUGCUGCAAUUUCCGAAAUCACUUACCGGCAGUGUGAAACAUUUGCAAAAGACCUUGAGAUGUUUGCACGGCAUGGAAAAAGAUCCACAAUUAACGUGGACGAUGUGAAACUGCUUUCCCGACGGAGUCGAUCACUGCAUGCUCACAUCAGUGCAUACGGUGAGGAAAUUGCUUCCAAUAACCAGGAGCAGAAAGAGAAGAAGAAGAAGAAAAAGAAGAAAUCAGUUGGUGCUGGGAAGGGAAAGCUGCCGUCAGAUGGCGAUUCUGCGGUGCCGGACUCUGAAGACCAGGACAUGGAGUGA